AUGGCCGGCCGGUACAGGGUCCGCUCCGCCGCGCCGGCCGGCCGGCGCCGCUCUGGGCCGUCCGGCAGAGUGGUCAGUGAGCGGCGAACGAGGAGGUUUCAGCGACGCGCGCCACGCCGGCGAGACGGGCCAGCUCAACAGCGGACCAGCACCGUCUUUUGCUACAUCGUCUGUUCCGUCCGCCAUCCAUUGACGGCGCCGCGCCAUGUCGCUGGCCGUCUCGACGGCGGUGGUGCUGUUCGCCUGCCUGGUGGCCCACCUGCUGCGGCUGACGGUCCGCAGGUCCGUCCACAGCGCCGAGCUGCGACGACUCCUCGCCGAGGCCAUCACGGCCAGCGAGCUCUGCGCCUGCGCCUUCGAGCUGGGCAUCAUCGCUGGAAGUUACGGAGUAGGAACGUACGCCGUCUACCUGUUCCUGUUGUGCAUAUACCAGUCGUACGCGUGGGGCGAGGUGUACGCGUGCCCGUACCUUCACGUCGAGGACUGGUGGCUGGGACAGCAGGCGGCUGGCACGGCGGCGCUGCGCAUCCUGGCUGAGGUCAUCGGAGGCUGGGCCACCUGGAGGUACGUGCGCGCCCUCUGGUGGCUGGAGCUGGCCGCCGGCCACCGGGGCCGCUGGGCGGAGGCGUGCACUGCCGACCUGCAGGUGUCGCCGCUGCACGGCGCUCUGGUCGAGGGCGUGGCCGUGCUCCUCUGCCGGCUGGUGGCGCGCGCGCUGCACGAGCGCCAGCACCGCUUUGCCACCGCCAUUGACGCGUUCUGCGCCACAUCGCUGGUCGUCGCAGGCUUUAACUACUCGGGCGGCUACUACAACCCGAUGUUGGCGAGCGCGCUGAAGCUGGGCUGCCGCGGUCACACUGUGGCCGAGCACGUGGCCGUGUACUGGUGCGCGGCCACGGCCGGCGCGCUGCUCUCCACUCAGCUCUAUCCGCUGCUGCGGCCCACGCUCACCGGCCGCGCCGAGCACAAGCGGGACUGAGUCGGAACGCCAACACCUGGUGUCCGUUCGGAGGCUGUUUUACACUGGUUGACUUCUGAACGGAGGAGACAGGGUACACGAGGAGAAAGCCGUCAGAGCUUGAAGCUGGCAAGCUACACUGCCAUAAUCGUCCAGCUGAAACGGCCAACUUUCACUUUUGACGCCAGAAAUGUAUACAAAUACAAAUAUGUGAGCGUGCAUGCGUGUAGUGUAUGAAAACUGCAAAUAAAUGAACUCAUUGCCCUUGAA